CCGGUAGCGGUGGCGUAGUGGUAAGCGCUCCGAGGCAACUUCCAAAUAUGCGGGGUUGGUCACCUUGCUUUUUGGAGGUGGUGGGUUCGAUUCCCAUCGCCGGCACCACAUUUACCACAACAAUGGAAUUCGUUCCCACAAUAGUACCCAACCCUUCCCCUUAUGGCAAGGUGGAGAGGAAGAGAAACAAUCACAGGCCUCGGCGAGGCUCCAAAUUCGUCAGGAAAGCAAUAGUUUACAGCAAAGACAUGUAUUUAGAGAGAUAGCUCCAUAGUGGAUACCUGCAUAUCGCCUAAGCGAGGGGUCAGCGUAUGAAUAUACUACUACUACUACUCUGUAGCUUCCAGUGAUUAUGGGAUGAGGUCUUUGAAAGCAAGUCUUGAAGACAUGUUACAGACCAAGAAAAAAC